AUGACAUUACUCGAACGAUAUUUAAAUGCAAUUGAUAAAUGUUAUGUACAAUGUUUAAAUGAUCCAGAAAAUGAACCAUAUAAAUCAAAAUAUGAAGCAAAAAAAAUCUUUGAAGAAUUAUAUAAAGAAAAUCUUGAUGAAGAAUCAGAUAUUAUGAAAAAAGAAUUCGAAACUUUAGAUUUAAUCGAAGAGAAUAAUCAACGAAAAUUUAUUAUUAUUAAAUCAGAUCAACAAGCAAAUGAACCAUCUGUUUCAAAAAAACAUCGUUAUUUAGUUGAUUUAUUAUUUGAUUAUCAUAUUGGUACAAUCUAUAGUGAUACAGAAGAAAAAGGUGAAGGUGAAUUACGUUUACGUCUUAUUUUAACAUCAAUUGAACAAGCUCUUAAUCAUUCAUUAAUUUGUUCUCUUGGAUUAAAUUUAUUUAAUCAAUUAAUUCUUAUUCAUACUUCAUAUGAAAAAUAUAAUGAUGCAAUUGAAAUAGCUAAACAUGCUGAAAAUCUUUAUAAUCAAUCAUUAAUUAUUGAACCAUAUCUUUUAGAAGAAUUAAUUCAUAUUGAUUUAUCAAAUCAAACAAUAAAUCGUCGUGAAGAAUUUGAACAAAUAUAUAUUCAUACAUUAUUUUAUCUUGCACAAAUUUAUGGAAAACUUAAUGAUAAAUAUCAAUCAGCUAAUUAUUGUCGUUUAACACUUGAACGUCAAUUAGAAAUAUUUUAUCAAAAUAAUAAAAAAAAUUUCGAUCCAUUAGAUUGGGCAACAAAUUGUGCUACACUUUCACAAUAUUAUAUGACAAAACAUGAUUAUGCUACAGCUCGACAUUGUCUUAUGUGUGCUGAUAAAAUGUUAGAAAAUGUUAAAUUAAAUGAUAAUUUAUCUGAACGUAUAGCAAGUUUUAAACGAUGUUGGAUUAAAUAUGCAAUUAAUUUAUUAAGUGAUUCAUCUGAUCGUCUUCUUCAAGCUGCUGAUCGUGAUGUUAAUCCAAAUGAAAUUGUUCAAUCAUCAUCAAUACCACAAUUUCAAUUUCAAUUAACACUUCCAUCACCACCUAUAACAUGUUCAUAUAUACUUGAUUAUGAACAAGCUCGUCAAGUAUUUUUAUUUGCAAUGGAUAAAAUAAAUUCAGCAAAAUCUUAUUAUAUUCUUGAUGGUUUUGUAACUGAUCAUGUUGAAUUAUGUCAAGAUACAAGUCAAUUAUAUUUAAAAUUAAUAUUUUUUGAAUCAAAUAUUGAUCGUAAAUGUAAAAUGUAUAAACGUCGUAUUGAUAUAUUAUCAUUAUUAUGUAAAGAAAUAAGUGAAGAACAUUAUUUAUAUUUAAUACGUCAAUUACUUUUUGAAUUAGGUGAAUGUUAUUCAAUGUUACUUGAUCUUAAAUUAGAACAAAAAGAUAAAUUAAAUUCAAAUAAAAUAUUAGAAAAAAUUUCAAAUUUAAUUCAAUUAGGUAUUUCAACAUUUGAACAUUUUAUAUUAACAAUGAAUGAUAAAAAAACAAAUAAAAAACCUGAAAUUUAUGCUGAUGAAUUUAUUCGACCUGUUUUAUUAGCACAUUUUUAUAUAGGAAGAUUUCAUUCAAAAUCUAUUGAAAAUCGUCUUGAAAAUAUUGAACAAAGUUUAAAUCAAUAUAAAAUUAUUGUUGAUUAUGUUGAUAAACAUCCAAAUACACUUGAAUAUAUUGAACAAGAAUAUAAUAUAUGUAAAGAAAUGAUUAAUUUAUUACCAUUAAAACUUGAAAAAUUACGACAAAUUAAAUAA